AUGUCAACAACCGCCCGCUGUCUCCGAACCCGCGCCGGUCUCUCAGGCUGUUCAAGUGUCCGUGCAACGCAAAACCCGCCUCCGCGGCGCCAAUGGCUCCAACGAUACCCAAUCACCACCAGCGCCGCAUCCACCUCUCCCACCUCCCCAAGCUCCCCGCGCACCAUCUUCUCCGGCAUCCAACCCACCGGCAUCCCACACCUGGGUAACUACCUGGGCGCACUCCGUCAAUGGGUGAAACUUCAAGAUGAAGCCGGUCCUGGGGACCAGCUGAUCUACUCGAUCGUGGAUCUGCACGCACUGACGCUGCCGCAGGAGGCGGAGGUGUUGCGGGAGUGGAGGAGGCAGUCGUUUGCGAUACUGUUGGCGGUGGGAUUGAGGGCGGAGAGGGCGACGGUGUUUUUCCAGAGUUCCGGCGCAUGCGGAGUUGAUGUGGAUAUUGAGUACGGUUUCCUCGAUGGGGUAUUUGUCGAGGAUGACGCAGUGGAAGCACCCGCCAAGCGCAUAAUGUCCCUCAAGUCCCCUGACCAAAAAAUGUCCAAGUCCCAUACCGACCCCAACUCCCGCAUCCUCCUCACCGAUGACCCAGAAACCAUUCACAAAAAGAUAAAAGUGGCACUCACAGACAGUGAACCGGGUAUCUCCUAUGACCCCGACAACCGGCCCGGCGUAUCUAACCUUCUCGACAUCCUCAGCAACUUUGAUGACACGUCCAGGCUCUCACCGGCGGAACUAGCACAGGAGCAUAAAGACUUGAGCCUGAAGAGUUUGAAAGAGCACGUUGCGCAGAAAGUUGCUGGGCAUUUGGCUCCGGUUCGAGAGCGGUAUGCAGAGCUGAUGGCGGAUGAGCGGGGGAGGGAGUAUCUUGAUUGUGUGGCUCGGGAGGGCGCCGACAAAGCGGGGAGGAAUGCGGAGAAGACGAUGAAGCAGGUCAAAGCGGCUAUUGGGCUUUGA